AUGCCUGGCGCAUCUCCGGUCAUCCUCAUCCUCGGAGCAGGACCAAAUAUCGGCCAAGCAGUCGCUCGGACAUUUGCCUCAAGGGGUUUUAAAGUCGCGCUCGCUGCACGAUCACUAAAGGAGGAAGAGAGCACCGAAACCCAACUGAACAUCACAACCGACUUCGCCAACUCCGAUGAUGUCGUCAGCGCGUUCGAAAAGGUGAAGAAAGUGUUUGGCAUCCCGAGCGUCGUGGUUUACAAUGUCAGCGCCUCGACGCUCACACCACCUCAAGACCCAUUCGCUCUCCCACUGGCGGCAUUUAACCGCGACGUGGCAAUCAAUGUCACUAGUGCUUUCGUCGCCGCACAACAGGCUGUUCUCGGCUUCGCGCAGCUUCCAGCGUCGGCGUCAAAGACAUUCAUCUACACCGGAAACAUCCUGAAUGUCGCCAUCAUCCCAGGGUUUCUCGACCAGGGCAUCGGAAAGUCCGCUGGCGCACACUUGAUCUGGGCUGCUUCGGCGGCGUACAGAGACCGUGGAUUCAAGUUCUACUACGGGGACGAACGCAAGGCGGAUGGGACGGCGAAAUACAGGGUCGACGGAGAGGCACACGCGCAGCUCUACUGGGAACUUGCAGAGGGCAAGACACAAGGCCCGUGGAUGCAGACGUUUGUCAAGGACGCGGGAUACAAGGAUUUUGGGAAUCAGUAUGCGUCUGCCAGCUAG